AUGAAUAUUUUAAAAAAAAGAUCAAAAGAAGUACUGAUCUAUUCUAUAACAGGGUCUCGAAAAAUAAGCAAUAUCUUUUCAGCCUUUAUCAUUUUUUUAGGUUCUUUGGGGUUAUUGUUGGUUGCAAUUUCCAGUUAUCUCGGUAUGGAUCUUUUCCUUUUUUCUGAGGAAAUUAGUAAUUUUCCAUUUAUUCCACAAGGGGCCACGAUGGCUUUUUAUGGAAUUGGGGGUCUCUUUAUUAGUUUUUAUUUGUGGUGGAUUAUUUUGUGGGAUAUAGGCGGUGGUUUUGAUAUCUUCGAUAAAAAAAAGAAAAAAGAAGUAUGUUUUCUUCGUUGGGGAUUUCCUGGAAAAAAUCGUCGUAUUCUUAUAAAAAUACCUAUGAACGAUAUUCAAUCUAUCAGAAUAAUAACAGGAGUUCAAGAACGAGGUAUUUUUACUCGUACUCUUACUUAUGAGAGUAUCGUUUAUAUGGAAACAAUAGAACAGGGGUUUAUUCCCUUGACUCGUAUUGAAGAUAAUUUGACUCCACCAGAAAUUGCAAAUAGAGCUGGCGAAUUAGCUUUUUUUUUAGGUGUACCGCUUCUGUAUUGA